UGAAAAAAUCCGGGUCAAAUUCAGACCCAUACCACAAAGUAGAUUCGCCUUCACUGAUAAAGAAACGCAAGGUUUUUGAUUCAGCAGACACUCUCUCUACUUCAAAGAUGUUCAAAAAGUUUUCGUCUGAGGAGGUAUCUGGGCAAAAUCAAGUUAAGGCUUCAGUGCAACGUAAAAUCCGGCAGAGCAUUACUGAUGAGUAUCCGGGACUUGAACCUGUAAUGGAUGAUUUACUUCCUAAAAAGUCCCCACUUAUUGUUGUGAAAUGCCAGAAUCAUUUGAACUUAGUCGUAGUCAACAAUGUGCCACUAUUUUUCAAUGUGCGUGAUGGGCCAUACAUGCCAACCCUUCGACUUCUUCAUCAAUAUCCAGAAAUAAUGAAAAAGCUGCAGGUAGACAGGGGUGCAAUAAGAUUUGUGCUCGCAGGUGCAAACAUUAUGUGCCCAGGGCUUACAUCUCCUGGUGGUUACUUGGAUGAAGAAGUUGGUGCAGAAACUCCUGUGGCCAUAAUGGCUGAAGGAAAGCAGCAUGCUCUUGCUAUCGGCUUUACGAAAAUGUCAGCAAAGGAUAUUAAGGCAGUCAAUAAAGGAAUUGGCGUGGACAACAUGCAUUAUCUUAAUGAUGGUCUUUGGAAGAUGGAGAAACUAGACUGAGCUUGUGCCAGGAAUACAAAUUUAAGUGAAGAGGCUGCUUAAUGAAACAGAAUUUCUCAUCCUUGGGCAGUUUUUCCGUUGCAAUGAAAGUAGUUGUGAAGCUUGUCAGGAUGAGCUUAUAACCGAAGUUAUUUACAUGUAGAAUUACGGAUUAUUAUCCAAGAGCUUCGUUUUGUUUAUAAUCAAAUUGUGGUUCAGAUUCGAUACCUAUUGUUCCUUAAUGAGCAGAUUGGAUACCUCAAUAGUGUGGUUCCAAACAGAUGGAAUGUCAUGUUUACAAAUUUGUGAUA